AUGGUGCUUAAAGACUCCAAAUGGGACCGCAAAGCCAAAUCACAGUACCUCCGUAAACACGGGCUCAAUAAAUCAAAGGAAGAAGCCGUCAUAAGGCCCAAAUGGAGCUCCAAAAAAGAGGUUGCAAAGAAGGUUCCUCUUCUUGAAGACUCUGAUGAUUCCGACGACGAGUUCCUAAAGCUCCAUUACCCACAACUCGGCGAAGAGCUCACCAAGGAACAGAAGGAAAAAGUCAAAAAACAGAUUCUUGUGGAUCUUCAAAACGAGGUAAAUGACAUCUCUGAUCAUGAACCAACCGAAAAUAACAGUGAACAUGGACGCGGCGGCGAGGCAAUAGAUGGCAUAUAUUUAGGCUCAGACGAAGCCAAGCAACAAUUUAUGGAGAAGAAUUCUGAAACUUCACGGCUCGAUGAGUUCAUCUCCCAUGAUAUGGCUGGCGCCGAUGUCAGCGUCAUACCCAAAAAGAACCGAAAACUACUUAAAAAUAAACUUUCAGAGGAUCUCCUUCUGGAAUAUGGUCUAGAGGAUUACAAGCAAAUAGUAAACAAUGACCAGGAUUACUCAAAACCGUUCAUGGAGAAGCAGCUGCAGCGGAACAUCGAUAGAAUUUCCGACGAAGAUCUCAUUGGUUUUGAGAUCGGACAAGACUCUAUCGCCUCUAGAAAGAGCCACAACACCAAGAAUAAUGUGACCGAGCUUACGGACGAAGAAAAGAAAGAAAUGCACGAGAGAUUGAUAGCGUCGGAGCAGGCUAGACUUCACCGCCAAAUGAAAGAAAAAUUUGGAAAAACCGCUAACAAGGCUCCUACCUUGGAAAUCAACAAUAUCAACGAAAACGACCCACAACAGAUGCAAAUGCUCAAUUCUCGGCUUACACACCUGGGGAAUGACGAAGGGAAUGUCGACGACGAGUUGGACUUGCUUCUAGGUGAAAAUUCGAAAUCUAAAAGUGAAACCGACAAAACAAAGAUCGCAGGUUCGACUGACAUCGACGACUUUCUCUCCAGCUUAACUGUCAAUGAUAGCAAAACCGGCAAAACCAGUUCUGUUGUUCCAAAAAAAAGAGUGUAUAAACCGUCACAAAGCGACGACAAGUUUCUUGAUGAAUUGUUGGGAUAA